ACGUCGGGUGUGAACUACAUUAAGCGACGGGUGUCCUUGAUGCGAGAUAUGUAAUGAGUUGCAUGGCCCUUUAAAAGCCAAUGUUGUAGCCUAUGCGUGCGGUAGGCUGCGUUUUGACAGUUCUGUUCCUGCGCAUUACCGACUUUGUUCAGGGGCGAAGGUAGGAGGGGGAAUGGAAUCGCUUGUCCGGAGACUGAGACUGGUGGACUGUAUGGGCAACCAUCCGAUAACAGACAUGAGUUAUCGCCGGCAAUUACAUUAAAAUCGUCAUUUCAAAUCGCUCUACCGUUUCUCGCUAAAGGUGCGAGGGAUGAAGACGCGCAACCAUAAUUUGAUUAUGGACACAAUGUAGCCACGGAGCUAUUUGUCUUGGGCUAACCUAACAGGCUACACGUUAACGACGUCUUGGUGUUGAUUCCUCCACUGACUUCAUGCUUUCAGACGAGCCAGAUCUUUCUCCCCAAACGGAUCCAGCCCAGGACGGCGGUUCGUUGGCGGUGGGAGAUGAGACGGAGACCCCCAUGAGCUCUGAGUUGAUGGAUGGCCAGGACUGGAGUUGGCUGCUGCUUGUGGCUCUGUUCCUGGCCUCCCUGCUGGUCGUGCUGACUUGGCUGGUGCAGUACUCUCUGGCCAUCCUUCGUCCGAGGAGGUCAGGGUCCAGGACCCAGGGCAGGUCGGAUGCGCACUGGCAGUUACCGCUAAACUUGACGCACCAGACCCUGACGGGGGGUGUGUGGGGAUCCCUCCUUAGGCUGAGGUUUGGUCGCGGAGUGGGGGGCAGCGAGACAGAGGCAGGGGUCAAGGGGCUCCUGACUUCGCUGUUCUCCUUCAAGUCAUUCAGGGAACACUGGCAGAGAGCUUGGGUUCGAGCCCUCAACGAACAAGCCAGCAGACAAGGGAGCUCAAUUCAGAUCACCUUCAGUGAAAAUCUCCAGCUCCCCGCCUCUGCCUCCAUUGAUCGCGUGACUUGUACAGACCAGUCAGCCCACAGCAUGGUGUUGCAGUGCGUUUGUUCCGUUGACACCGUCAUGUUUCCAGUGACGGUCACUCAGCAGUCACCUGCAGCUGUAUCCAUGGACACCUACCAGAUUACCAUAGAGCCGGCGGAUGCUCAGCUGGUGGUCUCGUUGGAGGAGGUGGAGGAGGAGGGUCUCCUGGUGUCCUGGACCUUUUCCCAGCCACCUCACCUGUCAGUCAAUGUGUCCUCGAUGCGGGUCCAGAGAGAGGACUCUGACCCCGAGGUGGACCUGGACAUGAUCAGGGACCUGGUGGAGGACACCUUGUACAGCACACAGCCCGCCAUGAUUCUCAACCUGAGGGCGUGUGUCUCCAGUCCAGCGUUCCCUAAAGAUAAGCUGAUGCCUGGGCCCAACUCUCUGUCACUGGGACAACCAGCAACUCCGAAACUCUUGGUCCGCCAGCUCAAAGCAACCGGCGUCCGAAAAGUGGAGUCCUCAUGCUUACGGGAGCUGUGCUGUUCUCUAUGCUUGGACACCCCAGUCUUGGAGAAAAGGACCCGUUUCCUGACCCCUUCGUCCAGCAGUGGAGCCACGCUGGACUGGAGUGAAGACAUUAUCCUGGACCUGCUCCCAGACACCAAAGAGCUCCAAAUAAGACUGCUGGAGCGAAACAGCAAGGGAGAAUACUUCUCCCUCGGUCAGACCUCACUGCUGCUGGAUAUCUCCAGCAGAAGUCCCGCAAGCCAGCAUGUCCUCUCCAUCAGUCCUGGCCAUGGGCUCUCGUCACCAGCUUCCGUCACCUUAGAGUUGCAAUACAUGGAGUCAGCUGGUUCUAUUGCCACACCACUGCGCUCUUCACACACCCCCACCAAAAAGGUGGAUGUGGACCGCACCAUCAUGCCGGAUGGAACCAUCGUCACCACUGUGACCACCAUUCAGACAAGACCAAAGUUGGACCGGAAACUCGGAGACUCCCCGUCGAGAUCUCCAUCCAAGGUGGAGGUGACUGAGAAGAGGCCAACCGUGCUGAUGGAUGUUCCAGGAGCCAGCCUCAGCUCCACACCAAGUACUGAGAGUUCCCUGUCUAACGGGCUGGAUCCCGUAGCUGAGACAGCUAUUCGGCAGCUGACUGAGUCAUCAACCAAAGUGGCCAAGAAGACCCCCACUAAAAGGAGCACGCUUAUUAUCUCUGGAGUCUCGAAGGUCCCCAUCUCUGAGGAUGACUGUGCGCUGUCUGUGGGCUACGCUGCAGCCAUGGACGCUGCCCUGCAGGGGGAGCACUCUCCCGGUGGCGGCCACAACCAUUGUGGGGCUACUACCCCCCAUCCCGACGCGGACGAGACCACGCCGUCGGACGUGUCGGAGCGGCCGUCUGUGGACGAUGUGGAGUCAGAGACCGGUUCUACCGGAGCCCUGGAGACGCGUAGCCUCAAAGACCACAAAGUGGGGUUCCUCCGCAGCGGUACCAAGCUCCUGUUCCGCCGGAGGAACCGGCAGAAGGACCCGAGCUUUAGCCAGUCCCACGAGGACGUGUCCAACCUGGACAACGACUCAGCCUCCUCGAGCUCCGCCAGUGUGCGGAAGAAGUCCGGGAGUUUCUCGCGCCGUCUCAUCAAGCGCUUCUCCUUCCGCUCGUCCAAGUCGAAGGGCAAGUCCAGCGCCACCAAUGGAGGGGCCAGCGUGACUGAUAACUGAGGAUCUUGCCCCCGGAUGAUGAAGGGGACACCGGCAAGCGCUGCUCGAGAGGGAGUCUCUAAGGGGAAAAGGGAAGCGUGGGUUUCUAUAGGCUCAAGCACUAGAGAGAAAGGAAAACAUGAUGUCACAUUGUGUGUCAACCCAACGUGGUCUUCAGAAGGAGCAAUGACUAGUUUUCAAGAUUUCCUUUCCUCCAUUUUGGACUGCCUUUAUAUAUAUAUAUA